AUGCCUCCUUGGAAGGCGUCGACCGAGAGCGGGGAGCACGGGGUCUCUGAGAGUCGGAGGGACCCUCAGCAACGAUGGCUAUUUGUGACCGGGCUUCCUGUCAUUGCUGGCACGCUAUGUGUUAUGGCGAUGAUGUUCAACAUAUGUGCGCUUUCGAGUGAUUGGGAGCAGCCUCUCCUUACUGGUGGUCAGAAGAUCUCGCUUCCAGCCUGGUCGAGCGCCCUGCAAGUCGUCUCCCUUGUGAUUGCGGCCUCCGGCUAUAUCAGCUACCUGCUACUGAUGCGGCGUCAUGAUAAACAACUUAAAGUUUUCUGGGUCAGUGUCAUGGGCUGGCUGAUAGCUGCGGCCCUUUUGUUCAGCGUCAUCGGAGCUGUCGUGCGGCGACACCGUCGCCUCCAACCACAUCUCCAUGGUGAAUAUACACAAGCCUUCUAUUACGGUGUCUUUUCGGCUGGAUUGUAUGCGCUGGUGGCACUUCUGCUGGCGGUAUAUGUGAUGGGCGCUUUCCGAAUUCAGCUUAGUCGCUAUAAUCGACGCCGGGUGCAGCGGACGGACGUUUUGUUGCGGUCGCUCUGGCUGGGAACUGUGCUGCUCGUCGGCGCGGCCAUAUAUCGUGCAGUAGAAGGUUGGCCGCUGUUGGAUGCGCUGUAUUUUGCCGACUACACUAUUCUCACUAUUGGUAUCGGCAAUCUCGUCCCCACCACGCAUCUUGGGCGUAGCCUUUUGUUUCCUUACGCCGCUACAGGCAUCGUCGCGCUAGGACUGAUGGUCAGCUCCAUGCUGUCCUUCACCCAUGACAUGCAUGACAUGAGGCUGCAUCUGAAGAUGGCCCAGAUGCGCCAUCGCUGGACACAGAGUUCGUCUGCCGACAGCCAGGAUCUGCCAUUGCCCAGAGGCGCGCAGGUGCGCGAGCUUCACCAUCUCAAAGCACAUUUCCACCAUGCCAUGCAUCGCAGAGAUCUGAUAUUCUUCCUACUCUCGUGGCUAGUGCUAUGGUUCCUCAGUGCCGCUAUUUUCCGUGCAUCUGAAGCGGAGCAAGACUGGUCCUAUUUCAUAGCCCUCUACUUCACCUACACCUCCCUCACCACGAUCGGCUAUGGUGAUUUGUAUCCCACCAGCAGCCUAGGCAAAGUCUUUUUUGUUUUCUGGUCGCUGCUCGCACUUCCUAUUCUGACUAAUCUUGUUACUGCUAUGGGCAAAGUCCUACAUGAAGUCCUGGUUUUCUGCUCAUCCACCAUUUGGAAACACUGUGUUGCUGUCGCUGGCAUGGUGCGCAAGCACUGCAUUUCAUCACGUGGGGGAAACCACAGAAGCACCCGUCAACCACACUCUCAGGGUAUCGAUUUGACCCCAUCGCUGGCCAGCACCGAGGUCGAGGGUACGGCGUGUCCAACGCCCUCCACCGCCCCGUCUAUUCAAGGCGACGGGAUAUCGCAGGGCCUGCUACGACUCCUUAUCGUGGAAGAAAUGGACUCGCUGACUACUAUUCUUCGAGACGGGUUGCAAUGCGAAGAUCUCGGGGUCACCUGGUCUCGGAUUGUGCCGCUACUGCAUUCUGGCGAGCAAGACAUCGGUCCUCUCGAACCCCUCUGGCUUACUGCAUCCUCACCACCAUCACACCUCCGCGAACAGAUGAUGAGCCACCUUGAGCUCCACCGACACCUGCAGGAAACAAACACUGAAAUCCUCUGGAUGCUGACAUUUUUGAUCCACAAACUGCGUGCCGAUUUAGGGGUAGAUGGAUCAUAA